GUUCCACGCGACACAUGAACCUGCCGUCGCCCCCCCCUCUCUCUCUCUCUCUCUUCUCUCCGAUGGAAGAAACCCUCACAUAGAGAGAAACACACAUACACACAUUCAAUUCAAUUCCUCAACCACCCCUUUCACUCGCCACAACCAAAACCAUUAACACCCCACGAUCCCACCCUUUUCCUCAGUUUUUUUUUUGUUGCAAAAAAUCGUGUUUUUUGGGUUCGUAACAGAAUCUGGUGAAAAUUUUGAAUUGUGGGUGUGGAUCAAGUUUCGAUCUUGCGGGAUCUAGAUGAUGUCUUCGGGGACAUCCUCGUAUUGGUGUUACAGAUGCAGUCGAUUCGUGAGCGUGUGGCGACAAGACACGGUGGUUUGUCCCGAUUGUGACGGCGGGUUCAUCGAGGAAAUUGAGCAUCCGGCGCGUUCCGUACACGUCGACGGCCGCCGGCGAAGGUUUCCGGCUGCGGCGAUGUACAUGAUUGGCCAACGCCCAAAUUUCGAUCAGAAUUCCCGCCCUUCUCUCCGGCGAAGCCGCCGGAAUGGUGGCGACCGGUCGCCGUUCAAUCCGGUGAUCGUGCUCCGCGGCGGCGCGGUGACGGAGGAGGGAGGAGAGAGUCGUGGGUUUGAGCUUUUCUAUGAUGAUGGUGCUGGUUCUGGUCUUAGGCCUUUGCCUCCAAGCAUGUCAGAGUUUCUUCUUGGAUCUGGUUUUGAUAGGCUUUUGGAACAGCUUUCUCAGAUUGAGAUAAACGGUAUUGGGAGGUAUGAACAUCCUCCUGCUUCAAAAGCUGCCAUUGAUUCAUUGCCCACUAUUGAGAUUGAUGAGAGUCAUUUAGCAAUGGAAUCACACUGUGCUGUUUGUAAGGAGCCUUUUGAGUUGAACACUGCGGUUAGGGAAAUGCCUUGUAAGCAUAUAUACCAUCCUGAUUGCAUAUUGCCGUGGCUUGCACUUCACAAUUCUUGCCCCGUUUGUCGCCAUGAGUUACCUUCUGAUGCCCCAAAUCCACCUCCUUCAGGGCAAAAUUUAAGCUUAAAUGAGGAAGAGAAUGUGGGGUUAACCAUUUGGAGGUUACCUGGUGGAGGGUUUGCUGUGGGAAGGUUUUCUGGUGGGAGAAGAGGUGGAGAGAGGGAGCUUCCUGUUGUUUACACUGAAAUGGAUGGUGGGUUUAACAAUGGUGGUGAACCUAGGAGGAUUUAUUGGUCUUCUAGAGGGAAUAGAGGGAGAGAGAGAGGGAGGUUGAGUAGGUUUUUUAGCAAUUUGUUUGGUUGUUUCAUGGUUGGAGUUAGAACUCAGCGUUCUGAUUCUAGUGGAGAGUCUCGGUCUAUGAGGGCAAGUUCAUCAUCUCGUUCUAGUGUUGAUCCUUCUCCACGUUCACGUAGGACUUGGUCUAUGGAUGUGAAUAGUGGAAUGAGGCAAUGGUAACUUGAGGGAGGAUAAAAAUCUUAACUUUGUUUAUGGGUUCCCCAUAUAAGGCAAGGGAAAGUUCUGUUUUAUGUCUUGGUCAAAGUGUACAUAAUGGGAUUGAAUCGAGUCGAGUCGAUGAUGCAAUUCAAUCUCGGGUUCAUGUGAAUGUGAUUCUCACAUUUUGAGCUGCAGAUGAAUGGAGAAUUGUGUGGGAAUUGGAACCCGGUGUUGGGUGGGGAACUGUUGUGUUAGCAAUAUCCAUUGUGGACAAGAAGUGAAAGCUAUGGGAGAAAGCUGUUGAAGAGAGGAGAUAGAGGGAGAACCUGUGCGGUAUUUGUGUAUCUUUUGGUUUUUGGGGGGAAGGGGGAGGGGACAUAAUGAUCAACCAGUACCUUCAUUCCACUUUGAUAAUGAACUGAAGCACCUUCAUAUUACUUUUUUAUUUUAUGUUUCUUCUUUCUCAUCAUUGGUAAACUUAAGAAGCUAGCUUCAGUUUAUGAUCCUUCAAAUUCUUGUCAUAUUAUGUCAUUGGUUUUUUUUUUUUCCAAGGAAACAUAAGUUCAAAUGCACGGUAAGUAUAUUGCCUUGAAUUGGUUUUGUUGAUGAUGACUUAUUUAAUUUGAUGCUGAAAUGUAUGUCGCUUUUACCGCACUACAUUUGUGUAGUUUUCCUACUUAACAAAACAAUUGAUUCUUUAUUUCUUAACAAUAAUUUGUCUGCCUUUAAUUGAGUUUGUCUCCAUCUGCUUUAGCUUUAGUUCCCCAUUUUAUGGAUCAAGUAGCAGCAUUUAACUUUCUAUGGUCCAAUACCUAUAGAACAUUAAAUAUUCUAAUACUAUAUUGAUACUGUAGUUCAGUAUAAUUAGGACACAUGAAUUUUGUCCAUGGAAAUUCCGGGUGAAAUGAACAUAUUCAGGAGCGAAAUGGAUUUGGAUUUUUUCUUCUGUUAUUGAGUAACAGAGUAGGGCUAUAUCAAAAGAGGAUCCGAAUCUCUCUUGUGUGUGAACCCAUCAUCGACUUUGUGCUUCACACAUUUUAGAAUACAUACAUCAUUCUCUUCAACUCUUCUUGUUAGGGAAAAUAAUCAAAUCAGCAAUUUUGUGUGGCUAGUGAUUUAAGGAUUUAGACACCUGAGUAACAUUUCUCAGCCAUAUAUGAAUAUAAUGUGUUGAGUCCUAAUGCUUAACCCAUCACUCUAUAUUAACAUUGUACAUCGCGGCUUUUAUGAUUUUAUCAGAUUUCCUUCAAAUUGUCGUUCCUACCCUUUAAGAAUUCGUACUAUUUUAUAGCAAUGAGUAGUGGGCUCUAUAUAUAUCGAGCAUUGGCGUCUACCAAUUAUCAUGAGGGUAGAACGGCACCAAAUAAGCCCUUCUAACCAAACCAGAUAAGUUUGAUUUCUUUACCUUUGAGUAAUGAUACUCUUAAUAUUAUUAUUUUUUACGAUUCUUACAACGUAGAGAGACAGGGAGAGAAAGAAGGAUGAAUGUGAUGAGAGAAAAACGAGUGGGAUGAAAUUU